AUGGAACAGAACUUUGGAAGAGGUUUGAUAAAUUGUGCAUACAUUUUCCUUUAUUAAAAGAUGAACUUAUUAUUGUAUCAUCUUGGCGAGGAUUGAAGGAAGAGAAUAGCUUAGAAAAGGUCACAGAAAAUAUCGGAAAUAGGAGGCACAGGGGGAUAGCCCUUCCAUUCCUAAAACCUAAGGUAUGUCCACAAAGUGUCGAAUUUUACCAUUCCAAUAUUUAUAUAUCAUAUAACAACGAGCCAGUCAACUCUGUUUUGUGUGACUUUCUUUUAGUCUUUGAUCAUGGCAGUGUCGGGAACACUGCUUGGCGUGUUGGUUUUCUCCGUUGUUAAUCUCGCCUGCAUUUGCGGCCUACCACUGGACAGAGUUCGAUCCAAGGUAAGGUAACGUUAGGAUCCUCAGAAGAAUCGAGGAAAACUGUUAUGCAUCGUCAUGACAAAGGCAAACUCGCUGUCAGUGUCAUUGCGUCUGAAUGAGCAAUUUCUAGAUAAGUCUGAUAUAGCUUUUCCAGCACAAUUUGACUCCUAAAAGGCUUUGUUGGUGUAUUUUGAUCGUCUGUAGAAUCUAGACAGUGUUUGGGUGAAUGAAAAAGUACCGUAUUUCGUCUUCAAUCAGCUUUAUUAUCAAAAGAUUGAGCGGAAGGUGAAAUUAAAAGGUACUUUGUGAUCUGUUGUGGUUGAAGGAGGGGGGUUAAGCGCGGAAGGGGAAGGGGGGCUGUUGAGACCCUCGCCGGUUGGUCAACACCCAUUUUCGGCCCAAAAUAAUUGAUUUUGCUAUCCACAUUCAGUCUUGACUUCUUAAAAGAAAGAGCGCUAGCAGUUAUUCACCUGAAAUGGGUUCCUUUGUAGCCAGCUAACCGCAGACGUAUUUCCGAGAGAACCGACGACCGGAAAUACGUCUCAGUGCGGUUCGCGGGCUAGUUCCUUUGCUGCAAAGUUGUGCAAAAGUUUUUCACAACAAUAGAUUUUUCUUCUUUUGAACUCUGUUGACUGUAAAAAUAGAUAGAGUAACUGCCGUUAGCCAAAGAAAAUCCAAAAUAUCAUCUUAAACAAAUUUUUUUUGGAGUUUUCACUGUAUGUAUUUUCCCUGGUGCUGGAAAUGCUAUUAAAACACCGUUGUGGUAGUACAGUCAUAUAACGCAUAAGAAAGUUCACAACUAAAUUUUGAUUUUGGAUACGUUACCCGUAAAUAUUGUAUAACAAAGGUGUUUCCGACAAAAACCUGCACAGCACUCCUGCCCUUUUAACCCUUUAAGUCCCAAUAGUGACCGACAGCAAUUUUUUCCUAACCAUAUCCAUAAAUUGUCAUGAGAUGAGGUUAUGAGAAUUAAUGAAGUGAUCACCUAAGAGAAAAUACUUUGAUCUUUUAUCAGAUUCUCUUAACUAAUUCUUAAAGGACAUGUAUAGAGAUCAGUUUGGAGAAUUUGUAUGUGGCUAUUGGGGCUUAAAGGGUAAAAGUUUAUCUCUUAUCAUCAGCGAGAACUCAGCGACAACGACAUCAUACGUGGGCUUCGAAUGUACGAGUCGCAAAUGUCCCGUAUGAAGAGGAAAAUAGCCCAGCAGCAGGCAAUUAUGACAAAACAGAAGAAGCAGAUGGAUAACAUCAAGUUUUAUCUCAAAGAAAAAGGCGAUGACUACGAAAGGGAUGACCUUCAAGCGGAAAUUGUUUUCCAGACUGACAAAAUCAAACGAAAACUGCAGCUUGCUUCACUGGAAAACCUAAUACGUGAAACAACCCACCACGAGAAGGGACAAAAGGUGAGUGACAGGUGUCAAUGAGCGUUUUGGGAGGGCAUCCCUUCAAGCUUCCUUACGUGUCAGGGAUUAGAUAAAACACCUCCCUUAUACUCUGACUAGGGUAUAAAAAUCCACAGGAUAGAAGAGAGGCACUGAAAUACUGCACUGAAAUACUGUCCUUUUUCAGAGAACGAGUGGGAGAAUGGGGAGAGAACGGGGAGUGUCAUUGCAACUCCUCGUUUUUUUUUCACCUUUUCUCGUUCUCAGACUCCUCACGGUCAGUGUAACGGUUACAAUUGGAGUUGUCUGCCGAAGAGGCUAUAUAAUCUCAAGAAGAAAACGUUUUGGGGGUGCUACGCACCAAAUUUAGGAUUUGUAACCUUGGGCCUUAUGUAACUGACCAAUCGUACCCUUCUUGAUAAUAUACAAUGUUCAAUAAGCCCAGCGAAAGAUUUCUGUAGUGCAGUAAGCAGCAGUUCUUAUUUUGGGGGCUUGGGAUAUUGUUUCUUUUUUGUUGUUGUUGUUGUUGUUGUUUGUUUGAGUUACCGUUGUUUACAAAGGUGUCUGCUCUUUCGAAGACCUGAUGCAAAACCCAAAGAUUUGCCAAAGUUAUUGGCCACAAUGGGGAUUAAAAAUAUUUCACACUUUAAAAAAACAAAAAACCCCUUAUUUAUAUUCCCAUUGUUUCCUUUUAAUUUCUGUUUUUAUUAUUAUUCUUUCCUACAGUCCUUGAAAAGAGCGAUUGAAAGGGAGAAAGAAGUUAUCGGUGAAGUUGUCCGUCGCGUUCUGGACAAUCGCUUGGUCUGCCGCGAUACUGAGACAGAUUGGGGAGCAAAGGCGAACGAAAUGAUCAAAGGUCUGACAACUCAUUAUGUCCACUGCGGGCCAAACGAAUUACUGCAGAAGUUUUUCUUGAAAAGAAAGAGUGGGUCCAACAAAUCUCAAACGAGAUAUAAAUAUCGAUGCUGCAGAUUGAAUAUGAAAGACAAGUGGCAGAGGCCUAGUGACAUGUAGAGUGACUCUCUGGCUUAAAUCCUUUUCAAACCAUGGGCAAAUACAUAACUCUCGCCAAGAAACAAUACUUAUAGUAUCAAAUAGAAUCUCGAAAAAAAGCGCAGGAAAACGCUUGGGUACUAUUCAUGGUAGGUUUCGGUUUCACUUCUGAUUUGUUAAGAAAUUUCACGCAUCGAAGAUGUUUUGAGUCAAUCGAAAUGUAAAACGGUGCAAAACCAUAACCAUCCCAAAGUUGAGGCAACCGGAAACUGCUUUUCUCUCCAAUGAACAAGCUAAAGCUCUAGCUUUCACAUAGCCAUGUCCAUAUUAUUGCCCUCCAUGUUGUUUGUUUGUUUGUUUGUUUUUUAACAAAGCUGGAACACAGAGAACUGUAGGUUAACUAGAGAAAUAACUGAAUGCCUCUUUCUCCAUUUUUGUGUUAAUUUUUUUUUCAUUGCUAUCGCAUUCUCCAUAAUUUGAUGACUUGUUUAGAGGUUAUAUUAAACUUCAUGUGUUCUCUAAUUCAACCUUGCAUGUGAUUAAUUCGUGUUUCCACUGGAUACUCUGUUCGUAUUGAAUGUUGAUGAGUUUGUGAAGUUUAAGAUAUAUUUAGAAUAGAUUAAGGUCAGGGAUGGACUGGCACCUGCCAGUAUGUUGGAGUAUUUAUAUAUUCAGAGCUUUUACUAAUCAAAAUAUAUUUUAUUCUCACUGAAAAGUAGGGCGCCAAUUCUUUAAGAACGUUCCUCUAUUUGAACAUUUUAGUGUAUAUUUGGCUCUCUAGUCGUUUUAGAAUACUUACGAACUGACUUUGUCUUUUUUGAUUAGUUGUUGGUGGAUAAAAACACAUUUUGCUGCCUUGAGACGUUUCCUAAGGUUAUUUUGAUAUCAAAGUUAUCAAAUGGCUUUGCUUGCGUGCCAGAUUCUUCCAUUAACUAAAUUAAAUUGCAUUACAUAAACAACAACAGCCAAAAAUAUCUGUUAAAAAUCGAUCGUCGUUGUCCUUAUUGAGAGAUCUUAAAAGGAGCUGGACAUUUAAGAGAUACUACAAGGCGGAAAAAAACUAGGCCUACUACGUCUUUACAGACAGUUCUCACCACUUAAUAGUAGCUGGUUGUGAGGUUAUUAAAUGUAAAAUAUAUUUGCCAUCAAAAUAUUUUUCUGACCUCAUUUCAAAGGAAACGUCGCUUCACGGCACUACACACUAUUAGAACAAGCAGUUUGUUUUGCUAUUCAUCGGCGGUGAAAAACAACUUAGUGUUGUUUUUGUUCAGUGUUAUCGAAAAUGGUUAUUAAAAGGAAAAGAAUCCAUGAGAGAUGCCUUUAUUUUAAAUGCAAAAAUCAAACUAUCAUCUUCAACAGCCUAUCAUUUGCCGCGUUCGGUUAUCAGAAAUUCAGCGUAUACAUUUUCCAGCUGUGGCUGAGAAAUUGCCAUUGAUUGUGACGUCAUUAUGUAUGGAUUUAUGCAAGACGCUGGUACCCAAAUAAUAUUCUUAGUCGGUGAAAAAUGGAAAUGCAUGGAUAUUCAGCUGCCUGAGUGUGUCGACGCGGAUCUUGAGGAACCAUGACAAUUCUGAGAUUCAGAGGAAAUUAAGGUAAGGAAAAUUCUUUCAGUCUAACUGUUCUAAAUAUUAUAUUGCUACAUGCAUUUUGGGAGCAGAGUUUUAAAAGCAAGGGUAGCGAGACCUUGGUAUAAUAACCCUCCAUUAGCCAUCACUAUCGGUUAACUGGUUGUCUUUCAUGCUGCAAGUGCUGAAUGAGAGAUGGUCAAACUUGUGACAAAGAAGUCUAAAUUUUUGUCGUAUUGAACACAUGACUUACAUAUGACUUGAACACUACAUGACUCAUUUUAUUCCAGUUUGUUAUUAUUGAACACUAGUACGUGAGUCAGCCGGACACUCAUUCUUGCUGAUUGAAUUUCACAACAUCGAUGACCGAGUUUCCCUACACUUCGCAAAUCGCUCGAAGAACAUCAUGACUGAUUCUCUUGAACAGGUACUAUUCACUGGAUAUUAACAAAAUUCAGUGAAUACGGUAUGAAAUUUAAAAAUUUUAGAGAUCGACGAUUCCGAUAUGUUAUCUGCAACUGAUAAAUUUGAUCUAUCUUUGAUCAAUUUUAUUAUCUUUCUGUAAACUAAUAGUAGUUCGGAAGCUAAUGCUUAUCCACCUAAAGACCCGAAUAUGCCUUUUAAAAAUAAAUUAAGAUCAAUAUCUCCUAACCACCUCUUUUGCAUUCAGCCUUCGAUUGAGUCCCACGCACUGUAAAGAUACAUUGCACGUACAUCAUUAAUUAACUGUCUUUCUUAUUGUUUAUGGUUACUUUCCACUCGAAUACGUUUUUGUUUGUCUAACCUAUUGCUACCAGUUUUCUUUCGUUUUCUUAUUUGUUUCCUUUCAUUUUCUUGCUUCCUUUUUUGAGGGGGGCGGAAGCGGGGCAGCGGGGUAUCAACAUCGUAAAUUCCCUUUCAGGUUUUCUUCAAAUAGUAAUGUUCCUAUUGCCAUCGUUCCUCAGGGCUAAUACGAACUAAUAUGGCCUGGGUCUGCGAAUAUGCAUUGAUAAACUGAAUUUUGUACAUAUUAUUUACGAAACGAAGCACUUAAACAGCACCCACUCUAUAAUUACUUGUACAUGAUUCCAAUGUCAUAACUUCAUUCCCGUUCUGAUGGUACAAAUGAGCACAUUACAUUGGAGACGCAUUCAGUUUAACUUUACUCAGUUUGAUAGAUGCUUACAGCAGACCCUCUUUGUUUGAAUAGUUUAAGCGGUUAGGUUUGAUCAUUGCCUUUUCAAAACCUCAAUACAAUCUCUAUUUUCUCAGCAAAACUACCACUAUAGAGUCAGGGGCAGAUCUAGGGGGAGGGUGCAGGGGGUGCGCACCCCCCCUCCCCCCACCUGAGAUGACCUGCGGUUUUCUAAUACAAUGUAUUCUGAUCAUGUGUUAGUAGCAGUGUCGAAAAAAAUCCUGGAAAGUCAUGGUUGACUGAAAGAGACUGGCCCCAUGUAAAAUAAUCCAAGACAGUCUUGGAUUCUGGAUUCCACUUUGUGGACUCCGGACUCAAGGAACUGGAUUCCGGAUUUCUUGUCUGUGAAAUUGCAAUCGGAUUCCAAUCUUUAGCGAGAUUAAUAGCCUCCGUGGCAGGCGCUGGUUUCUGCCUUUGCCCUAAAUAACCGCGCCCGCUACUCAAGCUACGGGAUUCCGGAUCUUAAAGCCUAAGAUUCUGGAUUCCUCAAGAAAAAAUUUCCCAGAAUCCAGAUCACUUUACAUGGGACGAAAAGGGCGUACGCGUUGGCGAAACGUGGGUUCAGUAAGCGCUAGCUGUUAUCGACCAACCGUAAAAUAGAGGGGUGUGAAUCUGUUUGGACAGAGCUAUUUGGACAAGGAUGGCGCCGAUGACUUAGGUGCGCGGGACAUUCUAAUGCAAAUCGGCCUUGGGUUCUUCUGAAUUGUUUAUAAGGCGUUGGCGGCUUGGGCUACAGUGAAUGCUUUUGGUAAUCCUUUCCUGGCAGUUUCUGCAACUUUUUAUGACGAACAAAUCAUCAAAUGUUUGCAGUAAGUGAGAUCAAAAGAAAACCAUUCAGUUCCCGACUUAUAUUCGUAAGUUUAGCCUCUUUCAUGAAAGAAAGCGUGCUAUUAUUUUGAUGACGCCGUUUAUUGAUAAAGCGGUAAAUUUGCCUCCUGGUUUAUGUCAAUACGUAAACACAUUCAGCUGAUACUGGUCCGUACCUUAAUUACCGCUAAAAGCGUUAUUAUUCCUGGAUCUUGGCGGGGAUUAUGGCACAAAGGGUGUUUUGAAUUGUCUGGCAAUAACUCCAUUAUCGACUCAGUCGUGCUUGUACUGCGCUAUCUUUGUAAUUGAGGAGAAUAUAAGAAAAACUAUCCGGCAUUUUUGAGGGUUGCGAUGAACCGUUUAAAUUUGUAAAUUUACUAAUGAAAUCCUUACAGUUUGAGUGCAAUUUCCACAAGGUGCCAUCAUUGUUGAAAUUUCGUGAUGACAUACAUAGGUCCGCCCGCCUCUUUUGAUUUACUAGUGUCUGAGUUGGUGGUCUAACACCAUUGAAAUACGCGGCUACUAUUACCAUUCGUCUUGUGUUCUUCGUCGAAGCUGCAGGAGCCGAAUUCUACCAACAAAUACCCACUGGUAUUCUGAUCCUAAUGUCCAGCACAUGGGGCCAAAAUUGUAUCUGAGAACAUGUAGCCAGCAUUUUGUCUGUUGUUGAGGCAACGUGUGAUUGGAAAGUCCUUUCAGUUUACUGUUUGUCCGGUGCUCCGGUCCUUUCCAUACUUGUAACAGCAGUCACGGGCUAGUGGUUUAAAAAGCAAGCGACCUAAAAUUCUCGAUUACAUUUCGAAAACAUGGAGCAAGUUGGUCACGAUUCCACGGACCACUGGAGCGCCACAGAACCGCGCUCUAUUGGAAGCCUUGUCAGCGGCUUCUCUCUGGCAGUUUUGGAGCAGGUAGUAAUGUGUUCAAUAAUGAAAUAUUAGUGCAUUCUUCACUGGAAAACUGAUUUUAUACUCUCUUCUUUCUGUAAGUUUAUUUUCUUGUAACAUUAGACGCGUCUAUGUUUGGAAACACAUGUUAAUUGGGAACAUACUUGCGAAAGUUUUAGUGGUAUAAGUAUGAAACUACCCUUCAAACUAUUGGAUCUACAGUUUCCGCAUUUUGCGGGUCCGGGGUAUGCUUGAUGUAUUCUCCUACGUUAUCGCUCUUUACAUACGGAGUCCGUUAAUCGGCCAUCGCUACACUCCCGCACUAGUCGAUAAUAACCGAUUGUGGCUGGGUGGAGGUUGUAACCGGUACCGAGAACUUUCAUACACUGCACGUCACCUUCAAGGCUUCCUUGGUUUCUUCCUCUGAAUUUAUUUUGUUUUGAUUUGCAGGUUACGGAGAUUUUAGAAAAAGCUCAAGAAGCUAAACCAGAAAAACGAAGCAUCCUUCACAAAAACAUAGCUUCGCUAAGGAAGGAAAAGGACAACUGGAAGAAUUUCAUGGAAUUGGAUGAGAGGAAUAAAGAAACAGUUCUCGAAGUAGAAGCUGCAUGGAGGAAGAGGUAUGUUUAUUAUGUUGAAUUUUCAUUAGAUUCUCUAUCUAUACGGUUUUUAUCAAUCAUUUGGUUUGGUCGGCAAGUGCUGUUUAGUCAUCAGUAAUUUUAAUCUCCUAAUCUCAUCUGCAGAAGCUAGAAAACCACUCGAGUUUAAGUGGAAUGUUGGGAAGAGUUUGCUCGAGCAUAAAAUACACCGGGGCUAUUACCGCUUUUUAUUCCAUUGUAAAUUAUUUCAGUGUAUCGUGCUGUGUGGACAGUGAAGCCGUUCAUACUUUCACAGCUAGAACCAGAUAAAAUUAAAGUGACUAAUCGAAUUUAAACAUUUAAUGGGUGCCCGUUGAUAAUACGGCAAUAGUGACUCAGUGUAACAAGACCAGACAUCUCUAAGCACAAUACAACGGUAUAUGGCUACAACUUUGACUGUAUCGGCGUCAAAAUUUGCAUUCACAUGCGUCUAAUGGAGCGCGCACUUAUUUGUCAAGUGAAGCUUAUCACUCACUGCAAAAAAAUAACAUAAAACCUUUCCUUCGUGGGAAUUAAAUUUAAAAAAGUUUCUUUUAUGUCUUGCUUGAUUUUGGUCAUUUCGAAAAAAAAAAUCCAAUUUUGUUGUGGUGGUGCAAUUGUUUUGACAGUAAUUAACAAACGGAACCUUUGAUCUAUAAGCUCUUUUUCAAUGCACAAAAGUUUGUUAUCUUGGGUUGGACUUAACCCACCCCAUCAAACAACGGUGUUUGACCUCUUAUUGGUAAACGAUUAAGACCUAGUAUUUUUUGUGGACUUUGAGUGAUCACUAUGUGUCUGUUCUUGAAUGUUCCACCUUUGUUAUAUCAACACGGCUUGUAACUUCGACUAGAAAAAUAAAGUCAUAAAAAUAAUUCAGAACAAUAAGAUUUCUGAAGUGCGCACAAGUCAUCCAUGCGAUAAACGACCUUUACAAAGUACUUUGCAAAGUUUCUUUAACCGGCUAUGCAUUUGUAUUAUUAUCAUGUUGUCGCUAAUGUUAUUGUUGAGACACAAAAAAUGAAUCACAAUUGACACCAUUUUAAUGACUUUAAUUUGUUUAGAUUUGUCUUUACCGCCCUUCACCUGGGAGGCCGUUGAGAAAUCUUUGCGCACCCGUGAGCAUCAGUUACGCGUUAAAUAUAUUAGCGUGUUGUACCAUUGAUAUAACGUAACAGCUACUUAAAACUGAUAUAUUUCAUUGUUCGCUACAUUUAAUGAGGCUCAGAGUUCAUGAGAGCUACUGUUCAAGUUAAAGAAUCUUCUUUUAAAAAGCGAAAUAAAAUCCAUUCCUUGUAUACGAAUGAUUUAUUACCAUUCAAUCUAUUUUAAGGAAUUCGUAAACGUCUAUUUUGUUCUAAUAUCACAACCGUGGGAAGUUAAUAUAAGAUUAGGUAAAUUGUUUGUGAGUUCACGUAAAUUAGUGGAGAAACCGUCCGUGUCGUGAGUCAUUUCGAAUCUCUUAUGAGCUAACGGGAGUCCUUUGUUUUCAAUAAUGCUAAUUGUUUGGUAGCUAGAAACUCCAAGAAAGCAUUUCUUUUUAAAAACCUUCAAGGAAAACUCACUUUCAUCGGUAGAGGGUGAUAGGAUUUGAGCGUAUCCUAAAACUUCAACAUUUUCUCCAUAUACGGUCAUAUUGUGAGUACUAAUAAAGCCAGAGUGCGACACAGCUGGCGGAGGCAAUGUCUGCCUUUAAUUAAACAUUCCUAAAACUUGCUGCCCGAAAUAUCGAAACACCUGCUAUGUUAGUGAGCUCAGUUUCUUUGAUGCAACUCAUCGUCUUUUUGCUUUUUACCCCCAAAGGGUAACCAAACCUGCACCCGUUUCAGAAAAAUUUCGAUAUGCGAUAUAAUAGUUUGCAUAAGUUAUGCGGAAGCGCUUUUAUUUUUAAAGUGGUGACGCUAUUGGGUUCCGCCGCAGUCUUGAAAAUCAAAAAAAAGAUAAAUACGAUGGUGGACUGGCUCGAAAAUCCCUCCUUUUGGGUGCGCACAGAGGUAGGGCUUGAAAAUGGAGACAGAUGUUUUAUUCUUGAAGAUACUUCUCAAAAAGUAGAUAACAUUCAUCGAGCAAUAUGUUUUGCGUAUUCUUGCAAUAGGCCAUUUGCAAUAUGGCGUCAUUUUGCUACUACGACCAGAAUCCUUUUCGUUUUUUCCUUUCAUAUUUAAAUUUGGUAAUCCCAGCGAGGCUUAAAUAACAAAAGUCACAAUUUGCAUAAGAAAGCAAAACCCUAAAGGAUUCUGGUCAUAGUAGUAAAAUGACGUCAUCGUGUAAAUGCCCUAUUCUUCAUGCAGUUCAGUUUUAGUCAGAAAUUCAGUUAUUUCGACUUCGGAUAGCCAACAACGCCAUUUUUUUAGUUCACUAUUGACCAAGCAGUCUCGUUCCUAAGUAAAAAAGACAUCGAUCAACCUCGUUUCUAAUCAAAUACAGUUAAACCUCUCCAUAACUGUCACCUUAGGGACAGACGAAAGUAGUCGUAUUAGAGAGGUUUAAACAAGAGUCAAUGUAUGGAACUUCCCGCCAAAAAAGUUGCCGUUAGUGGAGGUUCGACUGUGUACUCUCGAAUCGAUCUUCCAAAUAUGGUAAGCGCCAGUUGGUUAUGAAGAAUUAGCCAGUGGAUUGGAGCCAAUCAGAAAAGGCGAAAUAUUUUGAAUGAAUAGUAAUAACAGAUCUCAUGUCCUCAAAUGAUGACAUAAUCAAUAUUAAAGGAUCUAUUUUGCGCAUCAAGACAAGCCAAAAAGACUAAUUACGUUGGCAAUGCUUUUUACGGAAAAAGCCAUAAAAACGACAUUCGUAAUGACAAAUUAUAUGUUAAAAAUCUGAUAAAGGCUAUUCAGUUCAGCAGUCAGUUGUUGACCUAAAUGUUCCCAUUGCUCAUUUUAAGGAAAACGUUAAUUAAAAUCGUCCCUCUCUGAUUCCCAGGGCUCGCCAUUCUGUCUUUACUACAGUACAUAUAUUACAGUCAAGUUAACUCCAAAAAUUAAUUGCAAGUUUCUUCUCUUACUUGCAAGUGUUUUUUUAAUCUAAGGAAAGGAAUUUUCCAGAUACUGUAUCUUUCGCUUCUAUAAGAAGGAGAGAAUUAAAAACCAUUUCACAUCUCAAUGACUUGAUUUUUAAAACUUUUCAAUAACCUUCUUCCCAAGUAUGUGAUUGUAUAUAGUUUCAAUAAAGCCUAAACUAGGCGGAAAUUUUACACAUGUAUAUGUAAACCCAAAAGAGCGCCACGGUGUCUACUUCUCACAAGUAGCUGCAUUCCUCAGUCUUUACAGUCCGUCUUAUAUUUCGAUUUCCCCACUUUACAGUGAAACACGUUAAAGGCGAUCAUAACAAACGCCUUUCUACACACGAGAUUCGCCUAUUAUUCUGCGCAUCACGGAAUCUCUGUUUAACAAGAACGUUAUCACUAAAGAAGCGUAGUCGGAAUAUGUCUUUCUUAAGGUAAGUAAACUAUAACAAGACUCGCUACACAAAGAUUAACGCCAUGAACGCGUUAGUUUGCUUCAUCGCUUGAAUUGAAAUGGAAGACCUUUGCCAGCCUUUAAUUACGAAACCGUCUUGUAACGACCAUCGUGCAACUGCUGAUCAGGAAGAGUUGAUUUUAGGGGCGAGGUCUAUUGCAUAAAGUAUCCUGAAAUUCCAACCGGCAAAGGCAAACCGACGUUUUCUACACAAAAUCUUCACGAGCCGCUAGGCGCUAACAAAAGGACCGCUUUUUUUCGGGGGCAUUUCUAGUAAGGCACUUAUUCGGUUAUUUAAGAUAACUUUUUUCCUACUCAAAGCGACUAGCUACAAACAGCGCAAGCUUCAAAUGUUCAUUUUAGUUGAAGACUGAAAAACGAGAAAAGGGUGCCGCUGAUGAAAGAAAUAUUGUAAAAAGUUGUCUGAAGUCUUAAUCAAAAAGAGAUAGAUAGCAAUCUUGAGGCUUGGUCACUUACUCUUGUGCCCUCUUGUUCCUUACGGCAAAGUGUCAACAUUCUUUUCUACAUUAUUCUCUUACUUAUUAGUUCCAAAUUGGGUAAUUUUGCUUGAUAUGGAUAGGGGUAGUUUGGAAAUUAAGCGGCUAGAGGAACGACGUGGUUUAUCAAAGAAAUGUUAGAAGCUCUAAGGUAUCCGAGUCCCGACCGCCGUUUGUUUUAAUCCAAUUUCUAAUUGUCAUUAACAAGGCCGUAACUGAGCGCUAAAAGCUUUCUCACGUGAGCAUUGCAUUGACGUUUCCAACGAAAAACCGCUGGCUUAUCAAGACAUUGUUUGGGGUGGGAUGCAGCGCUCCAGAGAUUCGUUUUUUAAUGUCCCGUGUUUGCGUCGCUCUACCGCGAAACUCUCAUCGAUUGUUCAUGUUUCACGGUUCUUGGCCCUCAUACUGAGCGCUAUGAAUUCUAUCCUGUUUCCUCAUAAUGAAGGUGGAUUAACUGCUUGGCUUCUGCAGUUAUUAAGGUGUGUUUAUGCCGUUUGCUACCACUAGCAAGUUCUAAAUGGGCUUUUUAUCGUUUUGUCGCCACGUCCGUAUGAGUCUUGUAGUUUGUAUACUCCCACGUUAGUCUAGUAUGUUGGGUGAUCAUGAAUUUGCAAGGAAAAGAUUACAAUGCAUGUGUGGGAAAUUGUUCACCAUGCACAAACAAAAAUCGACCACCACUGGAAAGCAAACAAUCAUUUAUCUCUAGUGAAGCAGACACCGCUAGAAAGCAUUAGGGUCAAAAGGCGGUCAUUUGCCCACGUUCGUAUGGAUCAUGCUCAUUAAAAAAGCUUCUAUGCUCGUGAACAUACUUCUCCCUUAUCUGCUAUAGAUAAGACGCAAAAUUGCAGUCUUCUAGAUUAUAGCAACAUGCAAUAUACUUGAGUUAAGUGUUUACAAACUGGCUAAUAUGUUUGUCUUGCGGAUGUUUACAUCCAAGGAUCUUUAAGCAAGCGCUGGUAAAAAUAACAGUUAUUAUAGUCUCUCCUGGUUGUCAUGUGUCUAAGCAUUUAUUAUGAUUCCGAAUUAAAAAUAAAUUUUAGUGAAUGAUAACUAGUGUUUAUAUACAACUGGCGAUUUUAAAAUGACCUUAAAAGAGAUCGCAAAGAGAGAUUUUAUGAUGACCCUUUUCCUGAAACUUAAAAUGAUCAUGGGGUAGUCGAGGAAGGUUCAUGAUUUGAAUCCGCGAAAGUUUCUAGGAGGUCUGGUGAAUUUUAGUUUCUGCUAAUUUUGCUUUGUCAAAACUUGCCACUUACGUCAUGACCAUACUUGGCAUUAACAGAGAAUUUGUUGCCAGUACUAAGAAGAACAAAAUAAGGAUAUGUGUUAAUACUAAACAGAGGAAGGUAUUACGAUCUAAAGGAAUGCAUGCUCUGAGUCGUGACUUAUUUGUUAAGAUAUCCAAAAUGUGAUACGUAAGUUAGAGAGCUAUAGAUUAUAAUUUUAAUUAUUGUUAUAAUGUUCUGGAUUGAUAUUACCAAACCUUUAGGAAACUUCAAUUUAUCAAAUAUUAUUAAAACUUAGUUAACUUAGACCCGUUAAAAUAUGAUGGUGCAGUGACAAGUCUUUGUGUUAGAUAACAGAUUUUAAGGCUUUACAUCUUAGACCGUUUGUACGUCCGUAAUCUGAAUUCCGUUGACUCAGAGAAUUUGUUUGAUCUCUAACCAACUUUGUUUAUGGUUCACAGUUUGAAUGAUACAAGCUUCUUAAUCUUUUUCUAUCAUCGUGACAAAAUCAUCCUCAAACAGUUUUGAAGUGUUUUAAUUGCCUCCCUACUUGGCUAAGAUUCAACUAACACUUCUUGUAAACCUUUAGUUUUCCAAAGUUUUUGUCACCCUCAUUCAUGACAAAAUCCAAAGGCGACUAACACUAAAAUCCGUCAUUGUGUGUCAGCCGUUUUCAUUACUAUUAACAUGGGAACUCAUAGGUUAUAAGCAACGUGAGCUUAUGUUGCGCCUCGUUUAUGUAUUCCUACUAUUAGUAUUUACGUAGUAGUGAAGACUAAUGACAUUUACGCCAUCAAAAGCAAAUCUUUUUGCAUAUUCAAUUUACUGGAUAAUAGACAUUUGUUUGCGGAACUUACAAUACCUCAACCCUCUGUGACCAUAGUAUUUUUUUUACCCCCAUCAACGUUUCCUCAUUAACCGAACUGAUUUAAGUACAAGCGGUGUUUGAUUUAAAGUUGUACUUAAUAGUUAGCUCCUUUGAAAGGCAUGUUUUGCGCAGAAAUUAUACCCUUUAAGCUGUUAUUUUUAAAUAUAGCUACUCUCAUCUAACAGCGCGUUUGUGAAUCUAUGUGGAAAGCCACUGGUUAUUUUAUAUACCGAAAACUAGAGAACAUUUGUUAAAGUCGUGUAUUUCGGGGGCCCUGAGGCAAGAUUAACUGAUAUUAAAUGCAAUGUAAAUUAAUGAAUGAAAAUGGCGGUUUCCUGUUAGGCUUUAUAACCUUCCAUUCACAUGUCAUGAAAGCUCUGUUCUCUACAAGUGACUUGUUUGCUGAAAUACUUAAAUCCUUGCUCCGGAAGAGCCUUUGUCGGCUUCAUUUACUCUUGACUGUGUACAGACAAACUCCGUCUCGCUUUUUAAUAUGCACUCAGGAUUUCGAACGUAAGCGACCCCUUUAGACAUGAUGUGAUACAGUUAGUGGAAGCUGGUUAACGUACAUGACAACAUAUCACGCUAUUGGACAAACCUAGCAACAGCGGUGAUUUAAAAAAGCAAAUUUCCCAGUUUUGUGCUCAAUAACUUUUUCACAUAUGCAAGCAUGAGGCCAGUUAAUUUCCGGGUAGACGUUUGAAUGGAGAAACACUUUUACUGAGAAUGUUUUGUACCCAGUUAUGUGAAAUCUCUGCAGAUUGAUUGUCAAGCUGACUGGCCCUCAGUUUUUCUUUUGUUUUUGUCUCCUAACCAAAUAUAAAUUAAUGUAGUUAAUUACCUCAACGGCAGUUGAGACGACUUGCGCCUCGGUUAAAAACUGAGUAUUCUUUACACUUUUCCUGGAUACCAGAUCUCAAGGAUAUUACAACCUUUCAGCGAGGAAUUUGUCCGCCCAACUCGAGGGUGAGGAGAACGAAGGGGGACUGGUUCUACUCCGUGGCGAAAAUGAUGUACAGUGGUACCUGCCUUACAACCAUCUCGUUUACAGCCAUUUUGAGAAAGGUUGUGGGAAAAAGUGCACGCAACAAUCCCGAAAGGUAUUGUGGGUGGUUUUGAGUUCACUUUUCUUCAAAGGAAAUUUGAAAGAAUGGCAUGAGAGGCCAUGGACGUAUGUUUGCGAGUGCUUAAGGAAAGCAACAAAACUAGGCUCGACAGCUACAGCGUUAGGGAACAGUGUAUUGAUCAUAUCCCAUAUUACCUUUCGGGGUUGUCGCGUCCAAAUUUUUUCUGACAACCUUUCUCGAAAUAGCUGUAUACAACCAGGCUCAUUAUUUUGGCCCAAACGUAAAGCCAUUCAGUUUACUAAAUUCCUUUUCUGAAGAUUUCGUCGUAUUCAACAUGUUGGUCGUAGGAAAAGGGCUCCACUGUAUUGUUCACGUUGCAUGAUAGCCUAUUGAGAUCCGCAAAAAAAGCAGAUGAUAGGAGACGUUUGGGUUUUCAGGCAAAACAUAGGAGCUGCUUUCUAAGGCGCCAUUUUGUCGGUUUCAAUCUUAUUUUCUGACACUAAAAAAAUACUGCUACAGCACCACAGCUCUGUAGUUUUCAUUCUGUAUCUUAAGAAUCAUGUUUGUCGAAUCAGACGAUAUACUACUGGGUUUUAUUCUAUUAAAAAGUCGUGUUGUAAAUCGAACUGACAUGAAAAUGUGCAAUUUAUCAAAUGUACCAUGCGCUGCUGUUUAACCCUUUUCGUAAUUUGUACAUGGCGACGUGACAAAAUUUUCGAAUCCUAAUAAUGACGCAACCUUGACAAUCACCAACACGUUAUUUGUAUAUCAAAUUUGCUUGUUCGCUUUAUCAUUUUACCAAGCAUUAUCGACAACGAUAAUACCAACAUUCUGACAAACAAUACUUUGCGAAUAGUCUUUUCAAGGGAAGGUCUGUGACGUAAAUGCACGUAAAGGACUGGAUUGGGUCCAGACAAAACCCUGGAGCUCAUGAACAUUAAUUAUUCGGCGAGUUCGGGCCAUAAGAUGCCAGUAAAUGAGGCUGGACUGUGGGAUAAUUAUUAUUUCGCGCUUCUUCAAUUCUUGAAUGUCAAACGUUUUGUAUGGUAGGAAAUGUCGUCAAGAGUAAGUAAUGGCCCAACAGCUGUAGGGUCAAUAAAUUCGGAUCUAAGCAACUUAUCAAGUUAGGGUCACUUCAUUAGAGCUUAAGGCUGUAAUAAUGAUUAUCUUGAAUAGCUUGGAAUAGCUUGUUUUUAAUCUAUAAAUACUUCAAUCCGCACGUGGUUUUAUUUUUUCCAAAAUUCAGGUCACAAGCCGAUCAGCCGACCAUUGUGCCAAACUUGGAGUCCCUUACCGAGAUGCCUAAAGAACCUGUAGAAAAACCGCCUCCCAAAACAGGACGACUGAAACGGUCCCAUACCGACCCUACGGACUUGUUGGAGGUGUUUCGCAGAAGAGCCAAUUUAGUUGCACAACAAAAUGAUAAAAAGCGAGUUUUGCCGAGACGAAAGAAUGGAUGCGUCGAACCUUAUCGCCCUGAAAACGGAGGUUGCAGGUGUUUCGACGAAAGAUCAGAGUCAAAUGAAGGUUUAGUCGACCAGGUAAAACCUUAAAUCCUUUUAUCAUCAAUGCGUCAAGUUUUGAUUAAAGAGCAGCUCCUCUCGCGAGUGAAAAGAAAGAGACUUGGGGCAUGUUCGAUUGAGCAUAUUUUGGAAUAAGAACAAAAAUUGAACAAACUCUAGAAAUCACUUGUUUUGACAUUCAUUGCAUUGUAAUAUGCAAAAAUCUGGUUGAAAUAAAAUAUUCCGAUAUAUGUAGCGUUAAGUGGCCCAAAAUCACGGUACAUGAGAUUUCUAGCUAAACUUUUAUUCCUGGAAUGCUAUCAAUCGAAGGCGCCUUUAGUGUCAGUGCAGUUAAACACAAACGCGUAAAUAGGUUGUAAAUCCAUUGUCUUUUACUGGUGUCAAACUAUAGUUGAAAUGGCUUAGGUUUAAAAACAAACUUGUGUACAACAAAUGUCCUGGAGACGUAAUGGCGGCUGAGGAAGAAUUAAGUUCUCAAAAAGAUCCUUCUGGUACAAUUACUUGAUGGCAGCGUAUUGUUUGAAGUGUACAGAGUAAUACAACUUGUGUACUGAUCUCUGUCAAGUGCCACCAGCUUGUACUGGCAUCACAUACGCUAUGGUUACGAUGACUCUUUUUGAGAAUAUCUGAUUUUAAACCUGAGGGUCAUAUAUAUACAUCAAGUGUGAUUGUUGGGGUGAAACAUCCUUAAAAAAAUCCAGAUCUCAGUUCUCGUAACAUCAAGAUCAGAGUGAAGAGUGGAAAUGCAAUUAAUGUUAAUUUUUCUCCGUUAUGUGGUGUUCACUAACUUGUUAGUGGGCACUUAUUGUUGUUUGUCUCCAAGCUGCUAAAUCCACUAAUCUGUAUCUUUAGGGAUUUACUAACAAAAAAGGUAAGAAAACUGUCAGGGAUGUUUGUACUUGCCCAGUUUACAAAAAGCGACCUAAUUUAGAUUAAGUCUCAUUGACUUAAAGUUCCCGUCUUAAGAAAUUCCCUUUUUCUUAACAGUCAAAGAAAGUGAUUAAAAACAGGAAACAACUAGCUGUUGCACAGUUUAUAAAGAGGGUUUUCGUUCCAGGUUUCGCACGUUUCAAUAAAAAUGUAACUUGAGGACUUUAAUUUUUCUUAUCUCCGUUUGUCUUGAACAACAAAAUUAAGUUCCUCUCCUUCCAAAUUGAAAUUUCUCUUUAAUUUUUCUGAAACGAUUAAGUCUUCAUUCGUAUCAAUAAUGUAAUUAGCACCAGCGCAUUAUCAGGCUCUAAUUGGCUGAGUUACGAAAACACAGUCAUGGGCAAAUGAGAACAUGUGUGAAAGCAAUUUACAAGAAGUCAGAAAACAAAGCAGUAGAGAUUUGAGACUUUUAAGCAGAUUAAGCCAUCGGCCGAUGCCGAUUCCUUUGUAUUUUUGUCCUGACUGACAAAGGUUCAUGUGCGGCCUUUUCAUCGCAGUGGGGGUCCAAUAUUAGUUCUAAUAUUAAAGUUUAAUACUUUUGUUCAUCGUAUUAUUAUACUUAUAUUAACAUGUAACGCUGUUUGAAAAGCAAGGAGUUAAGGUGAAGUAAUGAGUUGGGUCACACUUGAUCUUUUGUAGCUUCGGGGUCUCUGAACCGCGUCAGGAAUUUUAUAUCCUGCGUAACAGUAGUUUCCGUUCCUCUUUAGGCCAAGCGGGAGAAACGAGACGCGUGAGGAAAUUUGCCCAGCGCGUCUUUUGCUCUUGUCUCGCUUGGCCUAGAGGAAACGAAAACGACUGCCACGCAGGCUAGGAAUUUUAUUUUCCUGAAUCAGUUAACUAUUUAAAGUCUUAAGUUUUUCUAGCAGGACGACCGCGCGUUAAAGGUAGUUUAGUUUCCUGGUUUUAGUCCAUCAAGAAAUUGAUUCUUUGUUUCCGUGCGUCUGUUCAGUAAUAGAUCAGUUAUCCAUGACUGACACAGUUUUCCGUAAAAAGAAAAUAAGAAAAAUGACCUAGCGCAACUUUUCGAGUCAGGAUCAAACCGUCGUCUCCCCCCUUUCGUUUUCAUCCUUCCCAUCACUCCCCGCGCUCCCUUCGGUCACGUGUGCGAUCCAAAUAUGGACGAUUGGGGUCGAGUCAGGGAAGACCUAGUCUGCCUCGCAGCCGUUUUUGUCUCGUCACUCAACGCUCCUCCUUUUUGGAGAGGAGCGCGGUUGUUAGCCUGUGUACAGACGUCCCCCUCCCUCAGAAAAAAUGGGGAGAUUUUUUUCUGAGGGAGGGGGACGUCUGUACACAGGCUACGCGGUUGUGUGACGGGGCAUAAACGGCUGCGAGAGACACUAGGGUUCACAAUACACCAAACAUGCGAACAUAUGCUCCCCUCCGUUGCGUUUCACGGUAAUUGAUAACAGUCCAGGAUUGGAACCUCCCAUUGACUUUGUCAUGCGUGCCUUGUGAGGAACGUGUGACGAAGGCUAGAGGCAUUCUAACAUAGAAGACGAUUGCCCUGGCAUGUCUUUUAGCAUUGAGGCGUCGUUCGCGUCGCUGUCAUUCACAUACUUAGCUUGUUUACUCCCCAUACCACGCCUGAAAGAAACCAUCUGCUUGAAUUUUUGAGUCACACUUGAACUUGGUAAAUAGCCCGGGGGAUACUCCAGGGAAUUCUUGGUGGGGAUGUGCCGCCCGGUUCUUCAAAUCCUGACGCUAUUUCAGACAUAAGAAUGGCAUUUUCCACACCAGUUUUCAGACCUAGCCUCUAAAAUUCAUACCCGUUUUUAGACCUGUCCUCUAAAAUCCAUACCGCCAUCAUUACUUGGAUAAGAAAGUCAACAAUAAGAUUUCUUAAACUCCAUUUCGAAUUCGCAUAUUAUUUUUUUCUCUUUUUCAUCUGGAAUGCACUAGUUCUCUCGAAAACCAUACCCGUUAUUCCAAUCCAAAAUGCAUGGGCAAAGUCUACACCCGUUUUCUGAUCGAAACAGUGCAAAAGCCUUGCCCUUUGAGGCGGCACUAACCUGCGAUCAGGCGAUCCUUUUUUCCUUUUGAUUCGGAGCGCUUUCCCCGAUAGAAAAAAAUACGCCUGAUCGCAGGUUAAGGCACCCUCCCGAGACACACAGACCAUCUAUAUAAAUCACUGUGGUGCUGACUUUUCCUUUCAUCAUCUGGGUAUCAAUAUUAAUAAGCUAAACCAAUCAGCCGUGCCAGGCCAGUCGUGUGUGGACAUGGAGUUUUCAUCGCUCAAAUGACUGAAUUGCUUGGUCACCUGUGCGACAAGUUGGCGAAUGGAGUGGCGAAUGUUGUACUUUAUUUUUUGUAUGACGAUGAAGCUGAUGAGGUGGCAAUUGUUCUUUGAUUAACCUGAUUUUCGCUUCUCCGUCUCCAUUCUUUGUAACACAGUUCUCUGACCGUUUACGAUUGAUUGUUCAAUUAACGUCAUCUUUGACUUUCAAAUACAGAUUUCGCCGCCGUGCUCGCAUUGUGACAGUCAUUCCUUAAACGAGAAUCGGAAAGAAUCAGCUGGCAUGGAGGAGGGAGCUCGUGAAUCUAGCACUGAUAGCGAGAUCAAGGAUGACACUUCUUGCCACUUGACCGCCAUAGUAAGUGAAAAAGCGAUUACUGAUAAAGCAUUUCCCUUAUUUUAACUAUUUUCGCUAUGGUUUUAAGGCCAGGACUUUAAAUAGCAACCGAGAAUUAUUACAUAAAACGCGGAUGGUUUAUGUUCAGUGUCGUCAGGCCGCUUUGUUCAUCACAUUCAGAGAUGGUAAUCUGUGUUGUUACGUACGUCUCGAAGAGUUACCAUUCCGCGCUUUUUAAGUAAAGAUUAGUCUCUUGAGUUAAACAAAAGUCAAUUACAGCCUACUUGAAAACUACAAAUGGACCUAUGAAAGUCAUGUUAUUCUCUCAACGCCACAUGAUACAAAUUGCAAAACAAAUAGCACUCCAGGAAAGCGAUGAUCGGUGACUUCCAUUGCUAUGGUAUCACGCUACGGCUCUUGUGUUCGGACAACGAUUUAACUCUAGAGCUGAAAGAAAAAUGAAUAGUCUUCUCUUGUAAGAACUGCAUGACGCCCUGGCGUAUCGGUGCAGGAUGUACCAUUUAGGAUAUCGAAUCUCAACUGCUAUCUUACAUCGAGAUAAAGGAAGGCGAUAAUGGCCUGGAAAUUAGAAGUACUGUGUCUUGUUUACUUAAAAGCUCUUAUAGCUUAUUCGAUAUUGAAAAGAGUCGAUGAAAUCCAUUUAUUAUCCUUUGAUGCAAAUUGACAAACAAAACAAGGCACGAAGCUCAACGAUGGUCGCUAUGUUUUCGUGAUUGUUGUCUCUGUCGGUGUAGUGAUGGGAUUAAAUGUCUUCCAUUGUAAAAGGAAAUGACGCAAAACAGAUGGAAAUUAUCACGAAUAAAUUGGCGAAAUAAGGACGAUCAACCAACUUAUCAGCAAAACGACAUUAACAAUUCAAAUUAAUUACCGACUGGCAAUUAUGUUUUUGAUAAAACGGCGGUUCUGGGGAGUUAAACAGAUAAGCAAUCACUAUUAAUAGUCGGCUUUCAUAAGCAAAAUGAUACCUCCCAAUCAGGUGCAGUUGGCCCCAGUUUAACUUUAUACAUCACAAUCAUUUUAUAUAAUGUUACAAAUAGCAAUCUUUUUCACAGUCUGGAGAACACACUGAUAGGCUCAUUGAUAGGCUUUCCAUUUGACACUGGCACUGAACACGAAAGGGUUUAUUCCACUGAUUUGAACGUGUCUUUGGUCAAGAGCCUUCUAGACGCCUCAGUAGAAGUGAUUUGAAAUAAAUUUUCUCUUUAGUAGCUAAGUAUUCCUGGCAGUCUCUAUGAUUUUAACUGAAUGAUAACAGAUUUGAAACUUUUCGAAACGUAUCCCUGAGUCACCUCAUGAGGAAAUCCAAGACUGUCUUGGAUUCUGGAUUCCACGCCGUGGAUUUCGGAUUCCACGCACUGGAUUCCAGCCGUUGUCAGUGGAACUUGGAUUCUUCGAUUCAAAUCGUUCGUGGGAUUCCGGAUUCCUUGAGCCGUAUUCCGGAUUCCAAAGCCCAGGAUUUCAGAUUCCACAGGCCAACAUUUCACGCAUUGCGGAAUCCGAAUUCCCUUACAUGGCGUGAGCUGAGGCCUUCUCUCUCUGUCACGCCAGAGUCACGCCAAACGUGGAGCGGGCCAGGGACAAUUGCCUGCGGAUGCCAAAGAUAAACCAAUCAGAGUACACCUGACAGUAGACCUCCAGCUGCCUUGCAGUCCCCCUCCUUUAACCCCAAACCGCAAUGUUGAAAGUCCAAAUUAAUUACGGCUACACCUGUACACCCUGGGAAGGGGAUGGGCAGGUUUGCUUUUGAUAACGCACCACUGCAUUGACAAUUGUCCCUGCCUAGAUUCCCUUUCUGGAUUGGAUGACAAAAAGAUGACAAGAAGAGAGGGCCAGAACUGGUCGUGUAAAUUCUGUAACAAGCUAAUUCAAAGUAGAAAAUCUGGUAGCUAUAUCCUUUCUGUGACUGUUUUAGGUACGUAACAUCAGUUUUUGGUAUUGUGUUGAGGGACAAAUCUUCCUACAACUGUUAAUUGGGAUUGUAAUUUGCUUAUUAUUUACUUAAUAUAUAUCUUAUUUUUCUUGUUUAAACAGAAAGGCGAAGUUUCCCAAAAUCGGCCAUCUUAGUAUUUUUUUAUUUUUAGUUUUAGUUUUUUCUAUACCUUCUACAACUGGUUGCUUCUUUAUCUAAAACACCAUAGGACUAACUUAAAAUAGAACAAAUUUGUAAGACAGGGUUGAAGUACAAAUUCCUUGAGAUUAACGGACCAAAACGGUGUUUGCGCUUAAGGUAUAUACCUGUCACUUAAAAGAUCAUCUGAGUUCAUAUACAACAAAGACCCGACCAGGCGAAAUUUUUGUUAUUUCGGUAAGAAAUGCUUUCUUCAAUUCAUGAUAAAGUGUGGCAAACGAGAGAUAAGUCGUUAAAAACAGGCGUAGAAGAAAAAUGUUGGAUUGAUCAAAGGAGGGAAAAUUGAAAAAGGUAUUGAAGAGCAAAACUGAGCUGAGAACAGCAAAAUAACUAAUUUUAAAGUCUGUUACUCAUGGUUAUCUUUUUCACUGAAAAACAAACAUCAUUAUUAAACGUUUAUCAGUAAGGAAUGCAGCCAAAUCCUGAGGAAUGUUUCUUGUAAUAUAUUGAUUACAAUAUUUUUUUGUUCAAAAACCGAUGCGUAAUACGAUCACGGAUCUUAAAAACAGUUCAGGGGCACCCAACGAGAAUAUAGUUCAAAUCACUUAAACAUAGCAUUGUUAAACGUAUUUUAGUAUUUAAACGGUAGAUAUAUGCGUAUUUUUAUCCCCUAAAAAUUUUUCAUCUGUUCGGAUUUCCUGGCUGAACGUCUAGUGAUCCGAAAAUUAUAGGGAUCAAAACUUACCUUUUCGAAAAUUUCAGCCAGAAAAAAGGCUUCCGAAAAGCCAAGGUGACCUUUUUAGUGUAAAAAUCCGUUAAAAAUGGGCAAUGAUACUUUUUUUAAAUGUUUGAAAAUCCUAGGAGAGGCAGGCAAGCAAAACAUUUUACAACAAAUGUUCCGAAAAUUCUAGAUCUCAAAUCGUCUUCCGAACAGAUAUUUUCCGGAAAUUGACGUUGGGUGCGCCUGACAGUUUGGGGUACUUUGUCUAAAUACAACUUCCUUUUGCCACUUAUGCUCUCGAGGGCAUAGAUGUGUCAUCCUUCGUUAGCAAUAACCAGAAGAGAGAGAUGUCCUCGUUCUUAGAAGUGAUUUUUGACCCUGCUCCUAAAACAACCGCUGCUGAAAGCUGGCAUACCUUGAUAACAAUGAAACAUAAGAUUUAGCGAGGCGUUCAUAAGCGAAGCGGCAUUCAUUAGGUUAUUCAUUAUGUUUCCUGUUUUUUGAAGAAAUGUACGAAGUUCUCAACGAUUGCUAAAUAAACUGUACGUGAUCUUAAGUCAACUGGACGCACUUCAGUACCUGUCAAAAGAACCAAUCAAAUUGUUUGCUGUUAAGUGGCCUUAUCUUUUGACACAUAAGACGCAAAAUUAGCGAAUGCCGUCGCUGCCCUUAAGCGGAAUUUAUAUAAGUAGACAUGGAUACUACGCUGUAGUGGCAAGGCCAUUUCGUCGACUGUGCUGCAUGGUGAAAUAUUUAAGUGUACUUUUGUCUUCUGAGACCAAAGUGAUACCUAUAUGACGUGAUUGCAAGAUGAUCGUUAAUGAAGACGCUAAGACUCUGUAAUUGUUUGAACGAGCGAUUUUCAAUUGAAUUAAGCAACCUUUGAAUUACUUUCUAAUUGGCUUCGAUUCUGAGUGGAUCACCAAGCACUCAAAACCAGCAUGUAUCGAAAGCGACAAAGCCUUCCCCGUGUAUCAAGAGCCGUAUCUGAUCCUCCUAAAUAUCAGGUAUUGAGAAGUGAUUUUAAUAUUUAUCCUUCCAAUAGUUUGUAGAUAGCUUUUGUCUUAAUAAGCCAAAAAUGUGACAAUUCUGUCUUCAACAAGCACUCUUCAAUCAACUUCAUCAAAAUUAACUUUAUAGUUAGUAAAGAAAGGUCUACAGCGUUUUGCUGGAUAAAGCUGCCUCGGAAACCUUACAACACAACAUCUCGUCAUCUACCUCGUUACAAUGACGUUCGGAGCCUUUCAUCCUUCUUAAGUAUGAUGAAACUGAGUGAAAGACAAUAUUUAGCUGCAUUCUUCGAGAGUAUGAUUACAAAGCAUCUUUAGAAACUGUUUACCAAUUUACAAUUCCAUUAUAGCACACUGUUUUCCUGUUAAUAACAACCAAUUGUUGCUCAGUUUCGACUUCCGGGAUAAAUGGCUUUUCUCAGCUUUUAAGAAACUUCUCGUUUGUGGCCAUCAUGUUAUCUACGAGGAGCGGAGAGUGUUCCGUCUUGUAUUCUCACAAAAGAACUUUUAAUUGGCUUAUACAUAUCCCAUUUAGUCCUAAUUUAUUCGGUUUUUAGGCAAAUGGGCAAGAGAUUCCAUUUUUUGCAGUAAAAUAAUUAGAGUGCGAUCUUAGCCAAGUACGCUAAUUAUCUCUACUUUAAAGAAAUUGAAAGCGGUCCGUGAGAAAGGCGUGCAUAUUAAAACGUUGAGAUGAAAACUACCUAGGAAGUUUAUCAGAAACGUGACUAUAUAUACGAUCGAUUACCUUGAAGUAUAUUUAGCGUAAGGUUAGCUCAGGGAUUAACAGAAUCAAGCAGACGAAGCAGCUUUCAAAGGUACAAUUUCGUUUUCGGAUAAAAGGCUAAAUAAUCUGAAACAAUAUCGGUAGAACCCAACACUUGGUUUAAAAAAGGAAACGAUCGAUGCCCUUAUUUCCAUGCAGUCAUUGUUUGUACGAUAAUGAAGAUGUUGAUUACUCUGUUAAGCAGUGGAAGAUACGGACUUCUGAUUUGAUGCCCCACCAGCGAAAACUAACUGAAAAGUAGCUAAGCCUUUGUUAUCGAUUAUGCGCUUCCUUGACCACGAAAAUACGGGUUAGACUAGUCAACAUAUGUAGAGUCAAUUUCUCAUAUUCGGGAUACUUACGUUGCUUAUCAGCCCUCUCAUCUCAGACUGAACGUAAGGUCAUUAUUAUCCGAAAGGAUUGCUUUACCAUAUCUGCACUAUUCACUGAGUGAUGGUAUUUUGAUGAUCAAUACAAAUGUCGGAUUGUCUCAACACCCUGCACUGUUUCGCCCUAGUGUGCCGUAAGGAGGAUCUCGGAUAACUCUUAAUCGGUUAACCGUCAGUCGGAAACAGUCAAAACAUUAGCCGUUAGGGGUAAAAAAUCAUAGUCGUAAAAAAAAACGGUUUCCGCAAAACAAUUUUCCGGCAAUUUUUUUUUCAUUUUUGAUGUAGCUUGUUAAGAUUUCGUACGUGUCUUGUAUCAUGACUGAUGUUUCCAUUUCAGCCUUUUUUAAUUGAUCCAUCCCAGAAAGGUCGUUAGACGCCCACAGACAGAUGAAAAAUGUUGAGCUUUUUUAAAAACAAUUUUUUUCCUUCACAUGUCUGUCAACCGUAAUAGUGUUCAAACAUUAGCAGUUAGUUGUAGGAGAAAUUGUUAAAAUUGCAAAGUGGGUCGUAAAAACGAGGCGUGGUCGUUACGAUCACUGCAAAUAAGAAUAUAAGAUAAGAAUCCAACUUGGAUAUAACUUUGGUGCCGGUGACAACGUCACUUCUAGAUACCAUAUGAAACAGGAGCCUCAGGCUCCUGGUGGUGGCCAAUUUUAUUCUAACUAAUCGUUAGUAUGUUAUUUAGACAGUUAAACGUGACGAACCAAGGCGGAAAAUCUCCUGUCCCGCGUAUCGCCAUGGCCGACGGGAAUCCGUGGUGGGCGUGCAAGUAAACCAAAGAAGGGCAAGUGUAGCUGCUCCACGGCGCAUAAGCAGAAGAGGUAGUGAGGUAAGAAAAACAUGCAAUUCAAGUAUUAUGAAUUUUUUUUCUAACUGGCACCAUCGUCAACCUUAUAAAAGUUCAUUAAUAGUGAAAUAGUCGGACUCUAUGGUAAAACCCCUUUUGAACUUUCUGCUUAGGAAACCUUUCCCGGCAAGCGGAAUUCAGCUUCUACUGUAGCUAAAAUCACUUCGAUUAUUUUCUUAACUCAUGCAAGGAGUCGAAAACCCUAGCCUAUAUUACAGUUAACUGGAGAAAUUUGUUUGAUCGUUCGCAAAGCAUUCAGGGCUUGUUGCUUGAGUUAUCACGUGACUUAUCACGUGUUGUUUUUUUUUCGACGAGAGAAGGCAAGCAGUUAUCAGGAUUUCCUUGCUUCAUUUUCGUUAGAUUAUAAACCCAAAAAAAGGUCAAAUAAAAUAUAAUCUUCUAACUUCGUAAUUAGUACGAGGCUCGCCGCGCGCUUCAGGCGAGAAUCCUACGCCGACGCUUCGCGCGGUUUGACGCUGUUUCUUUGACUGCUUUUCUUUAAACCUGUUUAGUUUAUAGGCUUUGUCGUUUAAUCAUAUCUGCCAGCAUUUCUUACUGCAUUUCGGCAACACGUGAAUGCUAUAUUUUCUAUUACAUAACACACUGUAUUCGCAUUGACACCCAUUUCGUGUAUCGGGUUAAGUGAGAAGAGAACAAUCAUAAUAUUCAAUCCCACUCUUUGCAGAUUAACUUCUUUGUGUAAAAAUAAUCAACGUUUUGGUUGAGCGCACCUUAGGCCCAGACCCCAAGAAUCCGGUGAAGACUGAAAGUCGAAAAUAUUUGGUUAAUAUUCGACACGAAUUCGCAAAUCUGUCAAAUUAAAAAAAAAACGCUAUGGCGAUGGGGCUUUGGUAACCGAGUUCGCUGGUUUCGUGUGGACGCGCGGAAGCUCGAUUCGUGUAAAAAUAUGCGGUUUCGAAAAUAUAUGGAUUCGUGUAGACGAGGCCAUAUAAUACUUGAUUUAACCGACUUAAUUAUGUACUCUCCUGGGAAGGUGUUGUCUUGGUUUUUAUCCUAAGGGAUCAAAUAAACAUUUUCUUUGGAGCUCAAUUCAAAUUUUGAUGAGUCAAUUAAUUAAAAGGUUUUCUGAAGAUUCGGGUCCUUGGACCAUGGGCUCCCCAAUAAACAUCUCGUUUGUACACCAUUUUUCCUACGCAACUCCUAAUGAAUGGAUCCUAGAAGCUAUCAUGUUAAAGCAGCCAGUUGUGGACUAUUCAGAAGUAAGGGAUCUCUUCGUGUUUCUUUUAUUUGUCUACCAUUCUUACCAUGAUCAGUUUAUAGAUCUCUCGAGGGCUUGCUGAUGAGUUAAGACUGUUUUUCACUAGCACGGAUAAGAAGAAGAAUGUUGUAAAAACUGAAAAUCAACGCUGAUUUUAGUUAAGCGUAGCAAAAUAGCACAAGCGUAGAUACAAACAAAAUUAAGAAAGAGUCAAUUUGAUCCUUGUGUUACACAUAUUCACGUUAAGAUAAGUAUUUUUCUCCUGUUAUACUUGCCCUCCGUCGCUAGUGUAAACCAGGCUUGAUAUUACACAUUUCAAGGGGCACUUAAGAUAUGUUUAACACUGGUGUAACGUCAUGAUCGGAAAAUUAUACAAUCAGAGACGUUUGGAUAGAAUCGUACAAUUACACACUACAGUCGUAGAACAGUGGAGUAUAAAAACUUAACGUAGAAUCGUAUAAUCGGAGACUUAAUAAGUCUUUAUUUAUUUACAAGUUUACGUAUAAUAGCUGAAUAGUGAAAUUGAAGGCGGUCUGCGUAGUGCUAAAUCGCAGAUUAGUACCCCUAAAUCGGUCAUACUAUUUUCCGAUUUAGCACUUGUCGCAGUUCUCUCAAAGUACUUGAGCUGGGCUAGAAGCGAAUUCAGCUUCGCUGAGUAAUCACCCGACUUUUGCCUAAAAGUUAUAUUGCCUUCUCACGACAAACUUACUUAAUAAGAUCGUGAAAUGAAGAUCGUUUUAUAAAGUCAAAAUCUCAGAAUAUCUCAAACAAGAAUUGCUUUCCACUUCGCCUCAUUUCUUUCUUAUAAUCAGCCAUCCUUGAGACUUAAAUAACUGGAAUUUUAUGGAAUUACGUUCUGAGGCAUGCACGGAGCUUCCUUGAUUUGUUUCUCUGCAUUAAUAGCCUUAGUUUAACCGUCAUAUUUGCCUUCGACUACUUCUUUCGCAAUAUAGUUCGCAUUCAGUCCUAAUGAACAAUACUCCACAUGCCAAACAAUAACACUGACUGCUAUGCAACACAGAAAAGUAUUGGUACAUACAAAGGAAGUGUGAAAGUGUCCUAGUUGGCACCCACUUGUCAGUCACUUACACCAGUUCACGAAGAGUUUCUCAUCCCAAAUAAUGCCCUAAAAUGCUUCAUAUAGAAAGUAUUAGCGCAGGAGCCCCGCGUUAAGUGUUCUGGAAUAACUCGUCGAUGUAAAGGGAUCACCAGAAGAAAUACGCUUUUUUUUUGGCAUUAUUAAAUUGAGACCUAUAAUCUUCAAAGAAACCGCGCAGACAAUGCUCGCGCGCCUAAAAUAGUUUACGAAGUAAAACAAGGGUGCAAUAACAAGCGCGUAUUCUUACGGCCUGUUUACAUGGAGCUGGGGGACCCCAGGUAGGUGAGGUAACCCGCCUGUCCAUAUAAUCUCUCAUUUUACGUGGAUCACGUUUACGUGAUAGGUGGGGUGAUCCGCCUAGGCGGGUAGCCCGGUCUGCCAGACCGGGUAACCCUCUCAGCCGGGGUCAAAUUUUGCCAUGUAAACGUUUCAAGGCGGGGUAACCCGCCUUGUCGGGGUCGGAUUCGGAAUAAAUCAAAUUUUGUUCUUUAGAGGUGGCUUUGCAUCAUUAUUAAAGGUAGCAAUAGAAAGCCACAGUACUGAAGGUUGCAGCAAGAGCAGCAAGUGAGUGUAGAAGAGCAUUAAUCGCCAAAACAUGAGGUUUGCAGCAUUUUUCUUGUUUACGUGCUUAGCGACCACUCAAUAAUCUUGAAAAUGGGCACUCCGGCGUGGCGGGGUUGUAAGAUUACAUGUAAAGGAGGGUUAUUUUUUUACCCCACCUAAGCGGGUUACGUCACCUACCUGGGGUCCCCCACUUCCAUGUAAACAGGCCCUUAGCAACCUACUUGCUUCACGUACUCUUGUAAUUCACAUUUCAUAUUUCACAUUCAGUUAUUCAGAGAUUUCAGAGAAUCACAUUCUCUGAGGUACAUUCACUUGGGUAACUGAGACUUUUCAUCUGCAUGCAGCUUUCGAUUUCGGUCAACUCUGAUCUACUUAAAAAUCCGGCGAAAAUCGUAAUUAUGCAGCUCGUAGCUUCGGCUGACCCCGAAAACUUCUGCCAUGUACGAGAAAAAGCAUGCAGUACCCAGGAUUUUGUUCAUUUUGAAGUUUUCUUGUUGUUGUUCGGUAAAUUGAAAGGGAAUGGUUGGUAACGCUUCACCUCUUAAGUCUUGUGUCGGCAAACCGAACCGGAUAGCAUUCUACCUCAUGUAAAACGAUGAUUUCCGCUUAGUUUUGUCUCAAAGCGAUGCGCGUAACUGGGGUAUUCGUACUGUUUUAGUCGGCCGGCGAGUCGAGAAAAAGGAUGCCGCGUUAACUGAGCUGCUUGAAAGCAAAUGAAAAGAUGUGACUAGAUUUCUGCUAGUUUUUCUUCUUUUAUCACUUUUUUAGUGGAGUUUUAUUUAAGAAGUUUAUUUCUGUAGAAAACUGCCUUUUAAAAUUUCAUCGUGGCCUCAACAAUUGAGCAUAGAAAACGGUGUGUAAAAAAAUCGCGAAUUUUGUUUUGUUGUUGAAUAUUGAAAGGCCCUGAAAAAACACACGGCCGAAAUGGUUUAUACCGGUACGGUCACAUACUACCGAAGUCUCAAAAUGUUAAGCUUAUUUCUUGUGUCCAUAAUUAACCUGUUUGACUUGAAGUAGUUCAAAAAGUACUGUUAUUGGUCUGAUUAAUUGAAAAUAACCCAACACGUCCUGACUUCGUCCUUUUUUAAAGGAAUUUUGAAUUCCAAAAUUGAGUAUUAUAAUGUUAAUUACUUACGCAACCUGAAGAGACUAAUUAAGCAUUGGACUGAUUUUAUCGAGAGAUAUUAUAAGGUAACCGUAAUCAUAAACCAUCACUACGAUUAUAUCUAUGCAACAGAUUUACCCCUAAGUAUGCUUAGUACAUGUUGUUAAUUUUCUUCGCUUAGUUUUCAAGAAUUUUCUUUCAAUCAUUUCGCCAUCGGCGAAGCUUUUGUCUAGUUGAUAAAAGCUUUCGUCUGUGAUUUGUAUUGGGGGUUUAACACAAAGGUCUAAAAGUACAAUUUAUUAUACAGUUGUACUCCAAUAUUAACUAUAAAACGACCGGCCGUGUUUCAUCCACACACUUACGUUUCUAUUUGUAAAAGAUGCAUUUUUAGGCUUUGUAUAAGCAAGUCUUUCAUAGGUUUGUUUGUGAUUGAUUUUUCUUUCAAAUUUCCAUUUUCUCACUGCAGUUUAAGAAAGAUUAAAAUAAAGCCUACUCCAUAGUUUAUGUAGAGACAAUUUCAAUUCUCGAUCUGUGGUUUUUUUAAGAACACUUAAUGCUACGAGUAGUUUUAAAGUAUAUACCCUUUUACACAGUUUGACGUAAACACACACAUUUGUACAUGUUUAGUCCAAUACCGCCAAUCAUAUGUACGUUUUUUAUAACUGGGCCAAAUAUGUCUAAAAUUCAGCAAUAAAAAAAUGUUAAGCAGCAUUCUUUUUGUGUGUGAAUAGAGAGAAAUGGGGCCAUUUCAUAUCAAGGUAUUAACAAGGAAAGAAAACGAAAUUUUUUUGGAUACACUGUAACCAUUUUAUUCAUGUAUGUAAUUACUAGUUAUGUUUUAGUUAUAGGUUGGAGCAGUGUUAAAUUUAAUAAUCUAUAUUAUUUCUAGUGUGCAGUAUAUUUAAGAGGUGUCCACUGCAGCCACUAUCAGUAAAUUAGGCAGUACAAAGCACAAACUGAUGAAAGUUGACGUAUAAGGAAAACUCUUUUAUGAUCUCAUUCGUUACUGGAACUAAUUAAAACAAAAUUAAAACUUCAUUGACUUUUUUGUAGGAUUUUUGUCAUAGAGCUAGCAGGAUAAAAAGGUUACCAAUCCAGAUAGCAACCUUUGGGGAUUUAGUUGCAGCUAUUUCUAACUGUGACGACAGCAUUUGACAGAACAAAAAUAUCAUGAAUUAAAAACCAGUUAAAAAAUAUAUUACGAAAUACGUCUUGACCUCCCUCACGUCCAAAAAUCAGUGAAGGAUGAUAUGUUUACUCCUUCUUUUAGCUGGUUGCCAGUCACUAUUUCGAGUGGCUGUUAGACAACUUGGUCACGUGAUUAUAAAAUACGUCAUGCUGAUUGUUUAUACCACAUAGUGUUGCAAUUAAAUGAGGAAUGUAUUGAGUUUGCAAGAAUAUAUGCAAACUCUUCUGUUCGGCUAGAGACGAGACGAAUCGGUUGCGUGAAACUAUUCCACGCACUUUCUUCCUGUCAACCUUAUAAUCUGGGUAGUAUUUACCUCCCAUCGGAAAUGCACCACCGACGGUCACAUAAGGAUUUAUGAAUAAUUACAAAGGACAACCACAGCUUAUAAAUAUCGGAAGUCCGCUGUAUGAGUCAACUGUAAACUGAACGAUCAAGCAACAUCCAUAAAAAGGUUUGUGGACCUUGUUAGUUAUUGACGGAUAUGCUGGAAAGACCUCAGAAUGAUUUUUUCAUUGAUGUUUGCAUGGUAUGCCGUUAUUUCUAAAGUCUGGUGUUUCAUCGUGAUAAUUGUUUCGGUAUUUCAUAUUUCUUUCAGUGUGUAGUUGUGCAUGAUAGCAGGUGUUCCGUGCUAACGGUCUUUAAUCAACUUCUUUCAAAUAUUACAGAACAUUAGUGUAUUCGAUUUGAUUGAAUUUAUUCUAUCCACAUUACGUUUGCGAAAAUUGGUAAUUUGUAUUUGCCGUCCAUUUUUGUUCGCACUUGCACUAGAAUAAAUUAAAAUCCAGACUUAAGUAUUAAACCCCUUGAUAAUACAAUAGUAUUGCAGACCACAAUUUUUUAAGUAGACUAAACGGCACCUCAGCUAAGGUGUCACGCAGAGCUUUACCUAAAGGACACUCUUGCUAAAAACUGUUCUUUUUCUUUUACGACAUCAAAAAGAAAAUACCAUUACCUUUCCGUAAUAUUAAGUCCUAAUGUUGUGGCGAUUUAAUUAACUAGAAAUUUGAUGCAAUCAUUCAGUUGAAAAGUGUCAUAGUUCAGUGAGAUUUUUCAUUAUUUCAAUAUAAUCCUCUCUUUUGGCAAAUGAGCUCAACCUUAUUGAUGAUUUCUUGAACUAAACUUCGCUAAAAUUGUUCUUCUAAAUAAUCAUGCGGAGUAGUCUGUAGCAGUAUUCUUUACCAUAACAGUAACACGUUCAUUAAUUACGUUUUCAGAAUGCUCCGCGGAUGCCUAACUUUGAAUGGCUAAACGAUUAUAUUCGACUCAGUGAGCAACUGAAACUGUCAUUGAUCUGUCUGCUUUCUGACAAUUUUAAAUUAGUUAUAACAAACUAACACUAUGUUGUCAGAAGUAAAAAAUAGUGUCCCCAUGCAAUUAGUACUUUCGUGCUAAAUACCUUGACACUCAAAUCAAGCAACAUGUGCUCAAGACCGAAGCUUACGUGUUGAUAGUGUUUUCAAGCUGAAUUGUUCAGCCCUUGAAUCUUCUUAAACGGCCUUUAACUCCAAGAAAAUGAUGGAGUAAAUGACGCAGUUGAAAAGUGGUUCUAACUUUUACGUCUUUGGCGUGGGCAGUUUUAGUUGUUGUUUCGGGUUUAUCAAACUAGAAACUUGUAAAUUUGUUGAAUAUUGAGUUUGACCGUUUUGGGGAGUCCGAGUUCCACAAAUGUGACUGAGUCGAACCCAUCUACCUCCAAGGCUAAGUUCAUCAUCUUCCGACAACUAAGUUCAUAUGUGAAUCGAACCGUCAAGUGUGCGAUGUACUGCGGCUGUAAGAGUUAAACUAAACACUUCCUUUCGGAGAAGCUUCCGUUGCAUGUAAACGAAGGGUGUGACAAGCAAUUAUACUUCCUGUCGUCGAUUACCUUCAUCAGUAUCGUGACUUAAGUCAUUGUUAUUAUCUUCUAGGCGCCAGCACUCACGGUCAUUGCAAGAAGAAGAACUUCACAGUCUAUGGCGUACCCUGUUGGAAUAAGAAGGAAAAAUUCAAGGCCUUCUGGCACAGGUGAGAUCUUUUUCUUUCUCCUCGUUAACACAAAUUCUUAAUUUCUGAGUGUAAUUAGGUUUUUGUCGGAGACAAAGGAACAACAAAGAGGACAUCUCACACAAGGAGUACCGCGUCUCAACUUCUUAGACUGAAUCCGGUCGCAUUUAAAGAUCUUUUGACUCUUAAGUGCCCUUAUUAAAAGUAAAAGUCAAAAGAAAAAAUCCAAAUUUCAUGCAUGUGAAAAUACUGCUGUUCAAGAGGUUUUAUUUGAAUGAUGGUCACCCCACAAGAUUUUGUUCACUGGCACAAGAUUUACGUCUACUGUGAUGUAUGCCUUGAGUAUUUAUUCUGGAAAGCUGCAACCAAUAUUACCAUGUGGAAAACUGAUGCGUAAACUCAACUAGGAUUUGGUCUCGUUUAUAUUCACGAAGUGACUUUCUUUUCAUAGUACAUUCUUUUUCUUUUCUGAUCAAAUGCUAACAAUUAAUCACCUGAGUGAGGUUGUUUUAACCUGAUUUACGCGCGACAAAGUGCUAAUGAAAUCAGGGGUCUGCCCGGUUGUAUUGAGUACUUUUAUACGGGUGAUUAACAGUGGCUCAAAUAUUGUACAGAAAUAUUUAAAUAAAUGCAUUACUUCUCUUUUGAACUGCAUGAAUGCGCCACGUGUCCACCAUUCUCCUACCUCAUGACAAAUGAAUAAAAUAUUGCACAUUCUGGUGUACUUUGGAAGUUUAUGCUUCCUUACGCUAUCAUCUUCCGAUCAGAAUCGAAUUAAAUUUUAACGGCCGCAAGAAGAGUAUGAGAAAAGUUGAAAAUACCAUCUUCAGCCAAAAAAAUUAAAGUGUUGUGGAAUGCUAUUCAUCCUUGUUGUGUCUUACAUCACAAUCCCACUUGGCCCUUAACACCGUAUUAAAGCCUCUUUACGACUAAGAAAGUCUCACGAACAAUCUCAUAUCUCAUUUUGUGAAAUACCGAACUUUAAAAACUUUCACUGAGUACCACGAGAAAUACUGGCAAAGGGGUUUCAUAAAUGGUCAUAAAACAGAAUUUCCUUCACAUACUCAAAAGUUACAAAUGCUCAGUUUUAUCUCAUUUUUCCUGAUCUACACCGACUCAAAAGUGAAAGGAUUUUUUAGGUUCCAUAUUCGCUCUGGGUAAAAUUUUCCUUUCACGGACGAUUUUUUCUUACGAGCUUAAAGGAUGUUAUGGGCAUUUAGAAUUUAUAGUAACCUGCUGUUUUAAAUAGGAUCACCUAGGCUUUAUUUAUUGAAAAGCAAGAAUAAUUCACGAUAGUUUGCAACCACAAAAACAUUUUCGCGGUUGGACUCACGAAAGGGUAGAAUUUCCCUGAAUACUUGAAGGGCGUUUCCAUUGAAAUUUGACGGUUUCAUGUCUUUUCUUCACUAUAUUUUUAUAUGAAUUACGUGAUUUAACAAGUGAAUAAUAAGCUUAUGUACAUUUUAAGUCAAAAGCCGCUGGCAUUGUUCGCUGCUUGUGCAUUUAAAACUUGUGUUCCGGCAAGUGUUGUCUUGUUUUUAUAGCAACAUGAUAAGAUUCUCCUUAAGUAUCGCGGCCAAUCGUACAAAGAAAAGUACAACUAUUCCUAAAACAUUAUUUUUUAUCUUGAUCCCACGGGGUGAGAAUAUGGUUGGUGUUUUGAGGUUUUUGACAAAACAGAAAACUACUUAUUGGAGGGAUUUACAAAAUUAAAGUCGAAACUUCUCUUGAUUUGUACGCCUCCAUUACGUAAACGUUUCUUUAUGUUGUUGUUCGGAACAGGAAACUUCUCUUGAUCCCGAUGAUACCGACCCUUCAUACAAUCCCUGCCUCUUUCUACCGGCUCUCUCUGUAAACUUUGCUGUCUGCAUUAAUGAGCUUUUGUUGAUUAUAUAACUUAGCUGAGCGGGCAAUGAGAAAGAAGUUAAGAGUUGAAAGGUUUUCAAUAAAACCGCGCACGCAACCACAAAGAAGAACACACGUUCAGCCUACUGUUAUUGGGGAUUCUAUUGUGACUCAACAUUCCAGUAAUCUUGUUUGUUGUGGCGUCUAUUUAAUUAUCUCAUUAUUCUUCCCUUUCCGGAGCGGUUGGUAGUGACCAGUAGGAACAGAGACGCUGCUAAAGAGAACGUCUGUCGGCACAUAACCUUUGCAACUGCGCGCGCAUGUUUACAAAGGCCACUCACAAUGUUAAGGGUCACGAUAUAUUUGCCCGCUCGCGUGGUUUCAACUGGUAUAUGUUUUUCGCCUUCACAGAUCAUCACCUUAGUAUACAAGCCAAAGCUAAGCAUGAAAUGCUAGCCAAUCUGGUCCUUCCUGCGUUCGUCGAGGAGCUUCCUAGGACAAGAUUAGAAAGACGGAAUACGUUUACUUUCCAAGCACCGAUCAUGAGGACCAAAAAGGACGGUAUGUCAGUUUUCAUUAUAAAUAUUUUUUUCUGUGCAAUUUAAUGGAUAUGCUAUUUUACUGAGGUUUCGUGAGCGAGGUGAAAGAUACCCCCGUCUUUCAACACAAUGCAUUUCGUGUAAAGCAAAAUUUCUUCUUCCCGACACGGGUUUUCAACGAGACAUAAAAUUUAAGACUGAUUUUGACCUAAGUAUGUAUUUGACAAAGUUGCACGUGAUCUGACACGAGACGGCAGAUGCUAUCGCUCAUGGUUGCCUGUUAUCAAAGGGUUUCUAAGAGUACGUGUAUGGGUGGCCACAACAAAAAAUGUCCCUGAGAGGCCGCUUUGCUCUUUAAAGUUAUCUUUUCAAAACCGCAGUGCAACAAAAAAAUUUCAAGGCUUAAAUAUGUCAUUAUUUAAUUUUGGGAGGUAAACAAGGUGUUUUAUGGGAGAUGUACGAAUGGAGAAUACUCAAAAGAAGAGUUUUUUCAAGAAUUGACAGGUUUUAAGGCCACUGUGAUUUAAAAUCCGCUUCUGUGAAUUAAAAAAAAAGGUACAUUAAACAUUUGCGGUAAAUGUCUGUAGGGAGAGAAAAUUACAAAUUACAUGUGGUAUUUUUAUAAACAUCAGUCAAGCAGAUCAAUAUAAGACGUACUCCACUGAUCCCAGAAAGCGACGAUUGGAUCGGAUAUUGACCCUCAAACUUUGAAAUUAGCGUUUGAACAAGACUGAAAAGGUUAAAAUGUUAAAAAAAAUCACAAAAAUUAAGAUCAGCUUUACUAAGAGAGAUGAAAAAAAAAAUGCUUUUGUUACCGAGUAUUAAGGGUUAUAUUAUAUCAGUAUAAUUAGUGAUAUUUCACAUUUUUAUUUUUGUCCAAUAAAUGCCUCAUGGGUAUUGCUAGUGUUAGAAUCCUACGCCAGAGCGUCUUGCAAGUGUCGUUUUGACUUAGCAACAUCCUUUUAUAUUGCGGUUUGUUUGGUUGCUUGGGAAUAGUUUUCAGCAAAAGUCAUUAAUUACAAAUUUAUUUCACAUCACAUCUUCAUUUCAUGGACCUUAACUGUAUUUGUUUCUUUCCACUCUUUCAACUUCCAUUAAAUUUCAACUCUUGAAAUACAAGGAUAUUAGUCGAAAACAAGUCAGUAGGCUUAAUUUUUUUAAUAAUACACUUUUAUUAUAUAGAUAUAACACGUAAUUUUUUUUGGUGGAAUCGAAUGAUAUAAAAUUGACCAAGCUGAAUACUAGUGCUGAGAUGAAUUUAACGUUUGGAGGCACUUUCUUGAAAUGUUGCUCUAAAGAAUCAAAAUAUGUUGACUCUCUUCAGGUGCAAAUUAACCUUUCAAUCAACAGGACAAACAUGUACACAGUUGUAUUAAAACGUUACAUAACAGUAAAAGACCUGGACUAAAAUAUACGCUACCUGAUUUAACGCUGGAUAUUGCCAGCUUGUCUAUGCAAUCUGUCAAAUUGUCUACGUUUUCGUUUUUUAUAGAAAAGAGAUAUCAAGUUGCUAAAGAAAUAUUAGAUACAGAGAAGAAAUAUCUGACAUGCUUAAGGACCUUGAAAGAGGUAAGAUUUAUUGGUGCUUUCAUGCUCGCUAAGCCACUCAAUAGCAAUAUUCCAGUCCUUUAUUUGUUAUUAGUUUUGCUUCCCAAGAGAGUGGCUGGCAGACGGUUCAAAAUAAAAAGCUGAUUUUCUUAGUUAAAAAUGUACAAAACAUACUAAAAACGUACCGUCCAAAACUAGGCGAACUAAAAACAUUAUUAUUACUUUUCACGUAUCCAACAACUUUUGAUAAUAUGUUAAGAUCUUGAAUCAAACUCUUAGGUUUACUGGGUGCUUCUUGAAAUUAUAUUCUUACAUGUAACUUAAAAAUAGAUAGUUUAGAAAGUUUCAGGCUCAAAACAUAAACUAGAACAUUCAGAAAGUGUAAGUGCCAGCUUCCUGGUUGGUUUCAGUUGUCAUUCAGUACGGUUUUUAUCUACCCAAACUACAGUUAUAUAGCAUCAUGGCAUUAAAAGGAAUGCACAGUCGCUUUCAUAUGAUUAAAAGCAUUUUAAGAUUUUAUCACGAAUGAAGAGACCUUCUUAGCCAAAGCCAUCCGGAUUACCCACACAAGUAAAUUAAGUCAUUAAACAAGUAAGCUCUUUAUAUACACAUGUAAACGACGGCAACAAAUAUACUUUAUUUACGAGAAACAAACUUAUAAAUAAUCAAAUUAUGAGGUUUCCCGCUUUCCCACGGAUGAUACCUAAAGAUUUUGCAUAAUAUUACAGAUAACACCAACUUUGCAUUGUUUAUUCGAUUUAAUAAUCCAUUUUAUUUAAUUUGUUCUAUGUUAAGGUAUUUGAAAAGCCAAUGAGGGAAACCAACCUAAUUCCAGCUAAAGACAUUGAGUAAGUUAGUCCAACCGUUAUUAGUUAAGAUAAAUAUUGGUUUUAAUUUAAAGUAGGGGUGUAAUAUUUUAAAUACCUUAUAAUAUAGUUUAUAGCUGUUUUCUUGCCAAACGUACAAUUAGCAGCAAUUGACCUACAAAUUGGUUGAUUUUACGCAUACCUAAUUAUUGUACUACUCUUGGAAAAAUCUAUUUUGUUUUUGUUCACUUACGGUUUGAAAGUGGCUUCUUCAUGUAGCCUUCAUAACUUUUCCAGUUUUAAACAGUUAUAAACGGUUUCUCGCGACAAACUGACUUUCCGAAGGUUUUUAAAACGAAGUCUUCGCAGAUUUUCUUUUGUUUAAAUGCUCUCUGGACAAAGCUGACGUAAAAGCUUUUGAAAGGAGAGUGGCAAAACAAAACAACGUUAUAUCAUAAACUGCUCUUAAUUGCUGAUCUGUUUUUUGGAUGCCCUUUUGUUUGUUUGUUUGUUGUUGUUUCGCGCUAUUUGUUCUUCCUUGGCAGUCCACCCCAGUGAAAUGAUUGCCGCGUUUCCUCGUGAUCGCGCUAUUAUACCUGGUUUUACCCUAGCUGUAAAUCCUGGUGUUUGUUUAUAUAAUUCUCCAGUAAAAAUUUUGUUAAUGAUAUUUCUGAAAACUUAGUAGUACGUGAAAUCAAAAUUAAAAAAUAAUUUCGGAUUUUUUGCUAAUUGGUUUUAUUUUCCACUUUCUCUUUCAAGUGUGUUAUUCCCAGGAGAGCUUGUGCAAAUACUCAACAGCCAUACUCAUUUUAUGAAGGACUUGGAAGACAGACUUCAAAACUGGAAGCUCCAAGGCAUUGUGGGCGAUAUAUUCACUAAGCUCAGCGGUUCUUAUCAUGUAAGUGCAGAAUGUACUCCAAUCCUACCACCAAUUCGGGGACAUUAAUAAGGGGAUGUGCACGCGGGCGCAAACGUUUUUAGGUUAAUAAUUCCCACAUGUCUCGCCUUACUUUUUUUUUUUGGCGUAAGCUUAAUUACAAAGGGGGUUUAAACAAGCUUGCGCUAUUCGAAACAAAGCAUUCUCUCGACUUAAGAUAAUGGAAUGCUUCGCAGGUUGUUUAAAGCUUUACCAGAUGAAAGAUUCAGGCAAUUAUCGGUUGUAAAGCGCUUAGUUAACAACUACAUUUGUAGUGAUGGUGAAUCUAUAGGGGUUUCAGACCACUCCCAAUCUGCCACUGCUCUAUCUAACAACAAUAUUGACCACCAACCUCGUCCAUCUAGCUCGUUGCGGACAUGAAUACCUGAUCUAUUAAUAUAAACUUUUGUUGUAGUGACACUGCAGUACCUUCUUUGUCUUGAUUAAUUGUUUUUGUUUACAGAUUGAUGUUUUACGAAUUUACUCCAACUACGUCAACAACUUUCCUAAAGCUAUUGGUGUCAUAAAUAAAUGUUCAAGAGGAUCUCAAAAAUUUAGGAAAUUUUUACAGGUAACCUUAAGACGAUUAAUUCUUAUUCACGAGAAGUCAGUUUUCUAUACCUUCUUCUAGAGAACGAACCUUUUUUUUAACUCGACUUUAACUUUGCUCUGGAAUAAAACAUUUCGCAUAAUUGCAAAACGUUCUAUGAUUUUUUUCCCUUUCCUCUUAUGUCUCAUUUUUACUGGAUAUCAGGCUUCAGGCUUGAGUGGGCUACCGGUAUAACAAAAUGGUGUUGGUGUUCUGACAAUGAAUCACUAACUCUUUUGCUGUUCUUCUUCUAGACUUGCUCUUCAAAUUCUGAAUGCGAAGGACUCGAUUUAGCCUCAUUUCUCCUCACUCCCAUCCAGCGACUCCCAAGAUACGUUCUCCUCCUCAGGGUGAGUAAACUUUCGUACUAGAAACGAGGACACUGGGCCGAGUUAACUUCGCAAAGAUCUCUGGUUCUGUUCCUUGGGAAAUGGAAAACAAUAGCCCAAGUUCGAUAUAUUAAAAUUCUAACAUGACUCCGAGGCUUUAGGGUCAAAAUUGCAAAUUUGUCAAGACUCCAUUGUCUAGCAAUUCCCAAAAGAGACUUGAGCACAAAGACAACCAAACAAAAUGUAGCAAAAUGACCAGAAGGCCUCAGAGUCAUGCUAGAAUUCUAAUAUAUCGAACGUGGGCUACUGGCCAAUAGCUGACUGGCGCGUGCCCAAUAACAAUCCCAGAAACACUUGCGGGACGCAUUUCGGCUCCAGUCCCCUUCUCGCUUUUAAAGCAACAUAUCUUUGCCAACGGGAACAAAAAGUGGUAAACAUGUUAAUCAUUUUACACUAUUUUUCACAGCAACUUUCAAAGUAUACUGAUGCGGGACAUCCUGACAGCUUCCACAUCGAGAAUGCUCUGGAAACAAUGAAACAGAUGAUUAAUAUCCUGAACGACUCUAUUCAGAGUUCUUGCAAACUGGCUCACAAUACCCAAACGCGACGGAGUUUCAAAAAGCGGUACGUCGACAGCCCUAAACAGCUACAUCGGCAAAGGAUUAAAAAGAUUGGGAUUCCCUUCUAUAAAACAUGCCUAUGAUACAAAUUCCAAGAUUAGAUGGGACUUGCAUGAAUUUUUUUCCCUCUCCUCCCUCCUAUUUUUCUUCUGCAAUAUUAUAUUUGGUAAUUGCCCACCCCCCACAAAAAAAUGGCACUUCAUUGUAGACAGGUUUGCGAGAAUAAAGAUGACAAAGAUCGUUGCACUUUGAAUCGCAACUUAGAGGGAAUAAAAGGAACUCAGUUUUCCAUUUCGUCGGCAAAAACCUGCUACCGAUUUAAAAAAAAACAAGUGUAGUCAUGCACUCACCAAGUGAAUUUUAUUUUCGAGAUUACGAUUUUUCGAGGGCCAUUCUGGUUAACUGUUUGACAAGUCCUUAAGUUUAUAUAACUCUAAUCAAUGUCUUAUGGAUUAAUCUUUUCUGCAGCGGAUCUUUAAGAAGAAAAUCCUUAAGAGAACCACUGAGAAACAAGCUAAAUCCAGUUGAAAAUGAGAGGUGCGUACCUUCUUUUUCCCUAAGUGGUUACCCAAGAGUUCCGUUUCUUUUCAUAGCCCACAUUUACACAUCUAUUUCUGACAGUAUCGCCUUGGCUUCCUCUUUAGUGUCCCAAAGCCAUCGCGCAAUUCUUUAUCCACGCCACACUGGCGAUGAUCGUAAAAUUCAUGAGGAUAAGAGCGCGCGUUACCGGGUCAGUGUUGAAUGUUUGGGGACGGUAUCUCAUUUAAAGUCGACCAUUUUCGUAUAUUAAUAUUCAUACUUGGCUACGAGGCUCGGGAGAAUAAAUCAAAAGAAAUCAUCUUGAGGCUCAGCAAUGAAUAAUACAUUUCUUUUGUUUUAUUUCCCCAAGCCUAGGAGCCAAGUAUGAAUUUUAAUUUAUCGAAAAUGGUCCAAAUACAACGAAACAUUACCAUAAUGCAGUUCGACACAGCACCAGCCCAGUCUCUUUGGCAGCCUCAAAAAACGGCCAUUCGUAUGAUCGUAUUUUGUCAAGUCCCUAAACGCCCUAGCGGGUAAUUCUGACCCUGAUAUUCAUUAUUAUUUGAUAUUACUUUCACAGAACAUCUUUAGAAGCCAGUAGCAUAUCGAUAGAGUCCGGUGGACAAGGAAUUAAUUCUGCACAAGAGACAUCACCAGAGCGUCACGAGAUCGUUUUGGAGAACAGGUAUGCGGCGAUCAAAAUGAAACUGAAGCCAGGCUUAGAUAACGUCAUAAAUACCAUGUAAUAACAGCAGUAGAUCGCAUUCACGAUACAUGCCAUCUCGUGUAAGGAUUGGUGGGUUGAACACGAUCAACUUGUCGUCUCUUGCCUAUUGCAAUUGCGGUCUUAUUUGUUGAUUCCUUUCAAAACAAUUUUUAACCAGGAAACAUUUACGGUUGUUAAAACUACUUUGAUUAGACUUUUUAUACUCGUAGUAUUGCAAUCGAAAACCCCAACACAACGACUACCUCGAAAUUUUUUUAUUUUGGGAGAAUAAAAUAUAAGAUGUCUCUCUGGAGCGAAAUGCGAGAAAAGAUUUUCCUGAUCUUUUGGUUGUACUAACCCAGUGUUAUGAGCUAUUUUUCCCGUGAGAAAUUAGCUGACAAUUUUUCAUCGUCACAUCAAUCACAAUGCAUGCGCCAAGAUACGGGUUCAAUUAAUCCUUUAAGCCCCAAUAUACAUGUCCAAAUUCUCCAAACUGAUCUCUAUACAUUUCCUUAAAGAAUGAGUUGGGAGAAUUUGAUAAAAGAUCAAAGCAUUUUCUCUAAGGUGAUCAUUUUAUUAAUUCUCAAAACCUAAUCUCUUGACAUUGUAUGGAUAUUGUUAGGAGAAAAUUGAUGGUGGUCACUAUUGAGACUGAAAGGGUUAAAAGGGUCUAUUUCUUCCUGUCCAUAAUCUCUUCCAUCAUUUUGAUGUUGAUGGGUCCUUUAAUUAUUUUAUUGUCUUCUUAUUUCAGUGGAUCCCCUACUCUAUCUCGUGUUUCUGAAACUGAGGAAAUUCCCGCCGAAAGUCAAACGCGGCCUGUUAGUACAGGCGAUGUAGAGACAGUCUGUGAACGAGACAACCAAGAAGAGUUUGCUACGAUUGAUGAAGAGGACGCAGAGGAUGUAAAGGAGGCCAAAAGCUCAGGGUGAGUUUUCAGCCAUGUUUUAUAUUCACUUUCUUGACCCGUCACAACAAGCAAGCAAAGUAAACAUUUCAAACGCUAUUUGUCGAAACAAGUUAAUCUGCCCAAUGCCGUUAGACUGACGAGUGUCUGCGUUAUUGUGAUGUGUAUGUAUCUAAAUGACCUUGCGUUUACAUUAAAAUAACAAAAUGAGCAAAUCCGAAGCAUUUUUGAAAAUGCUCUUACAAAAAAGUUUUUCUUUGCAAUGCGGUCUGGACUGUUUAAAAUGAAACUCUUUGAACUCCCUGACGUGGAAUAACUUCACAUACACGACAUGUCUUUAAGCUUGAGAGCUUGGAAUUAGAUAGUACCAGAGACCGUGUUAGAAAGAAUAGUGCGUUGUAAACUGAAGAGUUGUUCCGGUAUCUCCAGCCUGUGGACUGAUCACAUUUCUUUUUCUUUUGUACUUCACAGACAUCAAAGCGUAUUUCGAACAGUCUCCGGCAAUUUGAUCAGAAACUUGCAAAGGAGAUCGAAAAAAUGGAGACGGUCAACAGAGGAAAAGUCCAAGAGAGAAAGUACUGGGGAAGCAGAAAGCGCUCUAACGUCAAAAGAAAAUAACAGCAUCCCAGAUUGUUUAGAGGACAACAAAACUGUUUUAUGUCAAAGAAAACUCGAAGAUGAAAAUGCUAAUGUAAAUGUAAUAAGUACGGACUUAAAGACAGGCGAAACGCCUCCCUGCAGCCCAACUACUAAAAGUGUGAGGAAAAAUGCUGUGGUCUUUCAUUCGAGACCUCGUCCUGUUUCUUUAGGAGUUCCUCCCAAUUUUAAGUUAGUAGAGCCGGAGAUUAAGUUGAGGGACAAAGUGCUAUCUGACCCUAGCAUGACAAAAGAAACAUCUCUUAACUCUUCAGAUGUAUGGAUACCGCGACCAAAUCUUUCUACGGCACGAAGAAGAACUUCGCGGCUUUCAGUUUGUUCGAGGAACUCUAGUGUAUUUUCAGGAGAUACAUCACCUUUAUCUGGAAGCAAGAAAAGCUUAUCUCACAUUUCGCAAGACAGUCUUGCGGAUUCAGGAGUGGCCGAGACACCCGGUAGCUCACCAUGCAACACACUUGCAAUCAGGACUCGGAAACUUUCAACGCCCGAAAGGGGAGAAAAACUUUCCCGUUCACUCUCAAAUGUGUGUGGAUCAAGCGAAACAAAGCGAAAAUUAUCUCAUUUAGACAGACGUAGCUGGGGAGACUGGAUAUCUGCAGAGAUGGAAAAUGCGGAUAACGAAGCAGCUAUUGAAAAGGAUGAUCAUGUCGACGAUGGUGUUGGUGUUAAGAAUAAGAGGAAAUUCAAGGAUGUGGUGAAACAGUUGUUUUUCUCGAAGAAAAAGUGAGUAGGCGAACGACAUACUUAAAAGUUCUCCUUUCGUGUAAGCUCAGUGCUUUUACAGCUGUAAGCAACUUGCCCCGACCAACAAAGUGUUGUUAUACAGCAGCAGGGGCAUCUGUAUGAACUUGUGGGCAACUUAAGCCAAAAUGUUGUUGAGGGAAGGACCUCAAACAGAAGUGAGGCCUUUUCCCUCUUCAUAUGCCUUGACACUACCACAUCUGUGGUGCGAUCUACCCGAAAAUUUGGGCAAACCCACUGUCGAACUGCAAAAAACCACCUCGAUUGCUGUCACUCAAAACAUCUUUCAUUCUAGCCCCGUCAGGCCCCUCCCUGAUGGAUUCAUUGUGUUGUCAAGCUUGAAAGUGCUUCUUUACUUUCCCUUCCCCCUUUUCUAACACCUUCAGUUAGUCACCACUUAUCAGUCAACUCACACAUCGUUUCUCUUUUUCUUCUUAGGCCUGCUCCAUCAGAUUCAUCAACACUUACGGGAACAGUUACGCAUGCGCAAUCGUCAAGCAAGAGAACUUCAAAGAAUGCCAGAUCUGAAAUCGGUGAAAAGAUUUCCACAGUGUAAUUGACAGGAUAAAAUUAAGAACAUUGCAAAUGCAUGCACGAUAAGAAUUAUUGCUGCAAAUGAUCUCAGAUAAGACAAACUCUGAGUUCUGUUUGCUUUCUCUUAAUUCUUUCAUGCAGGAAAAAAAAUAUAUUAAGCACGUUAUUUAAGUAUUAUGUAAAUAUGUGCAAAAUCCUCGAAUAUGUAAACGAAUAUCUGUCGAAUAAGUGAAUGAAGUACAAAGACGAUCGUUUUUAAAAAUAUCUGUCAUCUGUAAAUUAGACAAAGAAAUAAAAAUAUCGCUCUUAUUUAGUCAAAAAAAAAGCUUUUCUCCAAAAGGAUUGACCGAUGAAAUGGUUUGGGCCAAUAUCGGAUUAUGUUUGGUCAAAAUAGGUCGUAAAAUAGAAUAUAAGCAUGCUCUACACACAAAACAAGACUUUCCAGACGAUAAAAAUAUCCAUCUUGUAUAGUCGAAACAUUGCAUUUUUCCAAAGGGGUUAAGCGACG